UUUUAAAUUCUCCAUUUUUAAUUUUCUUCUCCUCUGACCACCACCAAACCACUCUCACUGUAACCAAACAACACACGAAGCCAUUUAUUUUCCUUACCACAACAAAUUGGAGACACAAACAAUGGAGCCGAAAGAGAAUGGAAACCAACCGGGUCGGGUCAUAGAAGGACCCACCAACCCCAUGGUCACACCUCUCCUCAACGAUCUCUACCAAUUCACCAUGGCUUACGCUUAUUGGAAAGCUGGCAAACAGAACGAACGAUCCGUCUUCGAUCUGUACUUUCGUAAGAACCCGUUUGGCGGCGAGUACACUGUCUUCGCUGGGCUAGAAGAGUGUGUCAAGUUCCUCGCCAAUUUCAAAUUGACCCACCAAGAGAUCGAUUACGUUCGUGACUCCUUGCCUGGAUCUGAGGAAGCUUUCUGUGAUUAUCUUAAAGGGCUUGAUUGCUCUGACGUUGAAGUCUAUGCGAUUCCUGAAGGGUCUGUUGUUUUCCCUAAGGUGCCUCUCAUGAGAGUUGAAGGACCCGUUGGUGUUGUUCAAUUGUUGGAAACUCCGUUCCUCAAUCUUGUCAAUUUUGCAUCUUUGGUAGCUACCAACGCAGCAAGACACCGGUUUGUUGCCGGCAAGUCUAAGAGUCUGCUUGAGUUUGGUGCUCGGAGAGCUCAGGGACCUGAUGGUGCAAUUAGCGCAUCUAAAUAUUGCUACCUUGGAGGUUUUGAUGCUACAAGCAACGUAGCAGCUGGAAAACUUUUUGGGAUACCUCUCCGUGGCACACAUUCCCAUGCUUUUGUUAGCUCAUUCAUGAGCACUGAUGAGAUUGUUGACAAAGUGCUUCAAAGUGCUGAUGGGGAAACCACAUGUGAUGACUUUAUUAGUCUAGUUCAGACAUGGUUAACAAAGAUUCAGUAUUCACCUUCUCUAAGUGGCUUUUUCUCUGAGACAAAUCAAAGCGAGCUAGCAGCUUUCAUCUCCUAUGCACUGGCAUUCCCCAAAGCCUUUCUUGCCCUUGUAGACACAUACGAUGUGAUGAAGAGUGGGAUCCCUAACUUCUGCGCAGUUGCUUUAGCUCUGAAUGACUUAGGAUACAAAGCAUUAGGUAUUAGACUGGACUCAGGUGACUUGGCAUAUCUAUCUACAGAGGCCAGAAAUUUCUUCUGCGCAGUAGAGAGAGAACUUAAAGUGCCUGGUUUUGGGAAGAUGAUCGUCACCGCUAGUAAUGAUCUAAAUGAAGAGACGAUCGACGCUUUAAACAAACAGGGACAUGAGGUGGAUGCUUUUGGUAUUGGGACUUACUUAGUCACUUGCUAUGCACAAGCAGCCUUAGGCUGCGUUUUCAAACUUGUCGAGAUAAACAAUCAGCCUCGGAUCAAACUUUCUGAAGAUGUUACAAAGGUAUCAAUACCAUGUAAAAAGCGAAGUUACAGAUUGUACGGAAAAGAAGGUUACCCACUAGUGGAUAUAAUGACUGGAGAGAAUGAGCCACCUCCAAAGGUUGGUGAGCGUUUACUGUGUCGUCAUCCUUUUAAUGAAUCCAAAAGAGCAUAUGUAGUGCCACAACGUGUUGAAGAGCUCCUCAAAUGUUACUGGCGUGGAAGUGCUGAUGAAGCAAGAGAAGAAUUACCACCACUGAAAGAGAUACGAGACCGUUGCAUCAAACAGCUUGAAAACAUGCGACCUGAUCAUAUGAGAAGAUUAAACCCUACUCCUUACAAGGUUAGUGUCAGCGCGAAGCUGUACGAUUUCAUUCACUUCCUAUGGCUCAACGAGGCACCUGUUGGUGAAUUACAGUGACGACCAAGAAGAAGAGAAUUGCAGUGAACCAAAAGAGAAGAAGAUAAUCAUUGUUUUGGUUGGAGUAAUGUAUAUAUCAUAUACCACAUCAUUAGAACGUGCAAUAAGAGUUUUUUUCACUUAGUUUUUUGUUUUGUUUUACAAACAUUUGAUUGAUUUCAUGUAUUUUUGUCGUAAUAAGUUUCAUCUUCUUGAAGAGGAAAGAAACUUUUUGCGCUCAUUUGACCUUUAUUUUGGAUUUGAUUCAUAUUGAUAGUUGAAACGAAUUUCAACAUA